UGUGUACGCCGAACGCGACGGGCAGGUGGUGAACACGGCAUAGGUCGUGCGCGCUCGAGAAGCGUGGCCGAAUAGCGUGCUCUCCAGCUUUUUCGGAGCUGGUUUCUCCCUUUUCGUCCAUCCCCCAUCUCUUCUCCUGACCUAGGCCUCAUGUCUUCUGUAAUCGACGACUACGAGCCUCUGGAAGUCAUCGGGAAUGGCUCGUUUGGGGUCAUUCGCAAGGUCAAGCGGCGAUCCGAUGGCCAACUGUUUGCUCGAAAGGAGCUCAAUUUCGAACGCAUGUCAGAUCGUGAUAGGAAACAAAUAGUGGCUGAAGUGAAUAUCCUGAAAGAUCUGAAGCACGAGAACAUUGUGCGCUACAUCAAUAGAUAUGUGCAUCAAGAGUCCAAGAUCCUGUACAUUCUUAUGGAGUACUGCGGUGGUGGAGACCUGGGCUCGCUAAUCAAUACCCACCGACGCCAAAACCGGACACUCCCAGAGGAUCAGAUAUGGAACCUCUUUACCCAAAUAUUACUGGCCCUUAACCAUUGUCAUUGGCCAAACAUCCAGCUGAAUAUUGCGGAUCCUAACGUACCUCACGCUGAUAUCAACUCUGGAAAUCCGAAGCAGCAGGUCCUUCAUCGUGAUCUAAAGCCUGAGAAUGUCUUCUUGUCCUCGGAUGGUGUCAUCAAGCUUGGAGAUUUUGGUCUUGCAAAGCAAAUUGCAACGGCAUCUUUCGCAAGUACAUACGUUGGCACGCCUUACUACAUGUCCCCUGAAUUAAUGAACGAAAAAGCUUAUGAUACCAAGUCAGACAUUUGGAGUCUUGGUUGUCUCCUUUUCGAACUCUGCGCCCUGAAUGCGCCAUUCCACGACGCCCAGACCUAUAACGAGUUAGCCACAGCAAUCCGUUCGGGGCGCAUACCUCCCAUUCCAAAGGGAUACUCAUUAACUUUGCAAACUACCAUCAGGAGCAUGCUCAACGUCAACCCUGCAAUGCGGCCAUCCACCCUUCAAUUACUUAAACUUGAACAGACGAGAAGUGACCCAGGCCCGUGAAAGCGCACUCUCUAUGAGAGAGGAUGCUUUGACGGAACGAGAACAGGCCCUGGAAGCUUUACACAGUGAUCUAAUGGCACAGGAGACCCGGCUGAAGGAGGAGUCGGAGCGCAUCGCCUUCGAACGUUCACAGCUUGAUCUGGAGCGCGCCGUUGUGGAGAAGGCCGCUAAUGACAUGGCCCAAGAACGUGCA